AUGUGGGUGCCCAGAGGCAGCAGGGGUGCCGGGCACAGAGGAAAGACCAGGGGUGAGGCGUGGCUCUGCGGGUCCCCAAGUCUCUGCCGCCGGAUCCGCUCCGGUUCACCCCCCUCCUCCGUCCUGCGCAUCCGGCCCCGGGCAGCUCCAGCCUCUGCGCAUCUGGCACCGGAUCCUACACGUCUAGCACGUGCGGGAGGGGGCGCGGUCUCCGGGCGGCCGGGACCCCCGCCUGCGGACGCAGAGACCCGCGCGGCCCACGGGGCUCGGGGAAUGAAGGCGGGGAGCCCGGGCAGCGGCACCGCGCACACCCGGGCGCCCGCAGAGCCGGGCGGGGAGGCGGCCCCGGACCCCGCGGCGAAGGGAAGCGUCCCAGCCUCCGGCUGCCGCCCGCGGGGUCUCCCGGAAGGGCGGCGGGGGGAGGGGCGCCCCGGAGCCUCCCCUCACCCGCCCGGCUGCGCGCGGUGGAGAAAGCAGAAACGAGCCGUGCCGCGGAGAGUCCCAGCGGAGCCGGGUUCUGGGAAGAGAAACUUGCGGGCGCGGCGGGGGCAUCGGAGGCGGGGACGCUCGGCAGGGGUUCCUCGCCGCCCCCCACCGGCGCCGCCCGCGCUCUCCGAAGCCGGCUCCCCCCUGCUCGCGGGGCGUCCGAAGGCUGGGCCAUUGGCCUCGCCCGGCCGCCACCGCUCAUCGGCUGCGGCAGCCCUGCCCCGCCCGGAGGGAGGGGCCGCCCGCGCCGCGCGGGGUCCGGUGGGGCCGGCCCGGGACCCAGAGGCCGCUGCCGCGCACCCGGAGCCUGCACCUCCGCGCCCUCCCGGGCCUUCUCAACCCUCCCGGGCCCCGCAGCGACCCCGGCCCACCUGGGCCCUCCGCUGGACGUCUCCGGGUCCCCCGCGUGGUGCCUCCCAGGGUCCCGGACCCGCAGCGCGGCCCCCGGUCCCCCCGCCCACCCCUCCUAGCUCGCGCAGGGUUCCCCGAGCCUCUCCGGGUCCCGGACCCCCUCCCCCAGGUCCCCAGAGCGGCCCUGGGCAGGUCCCCUCGAGCCCCGCGGGCAUGCUCCGGCUCCUGGCGCUGCUGUUCCCGCUGCUGCCGCCGCCCGCGCGCGCCCGGGAGCCCUCCGCGCACGACGUGAGCCUGGGAGUGGACUGGCUGACCCGCUAUGGCUAUCUGCCACCACCCCACCCUGCCCAAGCCCAGCUGCAGAGCCCUGAAAAGCUGAGGGAUGCUAUCAAGGUCAUGCAGAGGUUUGCCGGGCUGCCUGAGACAGGCCUCCUGGACCAAGUGACGAUGGCCACCAUGCAGAGGCCCCGCUGCUCCCUGCCCGAUGUGCUGGGGGCGGCAGAGCUGGUCAGGCGCCGCCGCCGCCGCCGGUAUGCUCUGAGUGGCAGCAUGUGGAAGAAGCGAACCCUGACGUGGAGGGUACGCUCCUUCCCCCAGAGCUCAGCACUGACCCAGGAGACGGUGCGGACCCUCAUGCACCAUGCCCUGACCACCUGGGGCAUUGAGUCAGGCCUCAAAUUCCAGGAGCUGGUUUCUCAGGACCCAACAGAGCCCGACAUCCUCAUCGACUUUGCCCGGGCAUACCACCAGGACAGUUACCCCUUCGACGGGCAGGGAGGUACCCUAGCCCAUGCCUUCUUCCCCGGGGAACACCCCAUCUCUGGGGACACUCACUUUGAUGACGAGGAGACAUGGACUUAUGGGUCAAAAGAUGGUGAGGGGACUGACCUGUUUGCUGUGGCUGUCCAUGAGUUUGGCCAUGCCCUGGGCCUGGGCCACUCCUCGGCACCCAACUCAAUUAUGAGGCCCUUUUACCAGGGCCCGGUGGGCGACCCCCACAAGUACCGCCUGUCCCAGGAUGACCGCGAAGGCCUGCAGCAGCUCUACGGGAAGGUGCCCCAAACCCCAUAUGAUGAGCCCACAAGGAAACCCCUGGCUCCUCCUCCCCCGCCCCCUGCCCUGCCCCCGGACAGCCCCUCUCUUCCCAUCCCUGACCGAUGUGAUGGCAAUUUUGACGCUAUCGCUAACAUCCGUGGUGAAAUCUUCUUCUUCAAAGGCCCCUGGUUCUGGCGCCUGCAGCCCUCGGGACAGCUGGUGUCCCCCCGGCCCGCCCGGCUCCACCGCUUCUGGGAGGGGCUGCCCGCCCAGGUCAAGGUCAUCCAGGCCGCCUACGCCCGGCACCCGGACGGCCGCAUCCUCCUCUUCAGCGGCCCCCAGUUCUGGGUGUUCCAGGACCGGCAGCUGGAGGGCGCCCCGCGGCCGCUCACGGAGCUGGGGCUGCCGGCGGGAGAGGAGGUGGACGCCGUGUUCUCGUGGCCGCUGAACGGGAAGACCUACCUGAUCCGGGGCCAGCGCUACUGGCGCUAUGACGAGGCGGGGGCGCGCCCGGACCCCGGCUACCCCCGCGACCUGAGUCUUUGGGAAGGGGCGCCUCACGCCCCGGACGAUGUCACCGUCAGCAACACAGGUGACACCUACUUCUUCAAGGGCGCCCACUACUGGCGCUUCCCCAAGGGCAGCGUCAAGGCCGAGCCCGAGGCCCCCCAACCCAUGGGCCCCAAGUGGCUGGACUGCCCGGCCCACAGCGCUGGCCCACGCUCCCCCAGGCCCCCUAAAGCGACCCUGGAACCCGGGACCUGCGAUUGUUCGUGCGAGAUCAAUCACGCCUCAGGGCGGCCGUCGCUGUCCUUCCUGCUGUCCCUUCUGGCCGUGCUGGUGGGGGGCGUCGCCUCCCGUUAA